CGUACCAAGUUACGGCAGCAGCAACAUCGCAUUUCCAUUCCCUAGCUCAUCAUACUCUCCCCAAAACACCAUAAAACACAUAAAAUUUAAGCCUUUUUCCCAUUAAGCAAAAAGUUCAAAUUAUAGUUAAAAUUCCUACUCCAUAUCCAUUAAACCCUUUGCUCAACCCUUAGCUUCGCUUUCUUCAUUUCUCCUCUGUUUUGGCCCUCGAAAUCCCUGUUUCCGCUAUGUCGGACGAAGAGAGAGAAGAGAAGGAGUUGGAUCUUACUUCAGCUGAAGUUGUCACCAAGUAUAAGAGUGCUGCCGAAAUUGUUAACAAGGCGUUGCGAUUGGUGAUAUCAGAAUGCAAACCGAAAGCUAAGGUCGUAGAUAUAUGUGAAAAAGGCGACGACUUUAUCCGAGAGCAAACUGGGAAAAUGUACAAAAAUGUUAAGAAGAAAAUUGAGAGAGGCGUGGCUUUUCCCACUUGCAUUUCUAUAAACAAUACAGUUUGUCACUUCUCUCCGCUUGCCAGUGAUGAGACUGUGUUAGAAGAAGGUGAUAUAGUAAAGAUCGACAUGGGGUGUCAUAUAGAUGGUUUUAUUGCUGUUGUGGCGCAUACUCAUGUUCUCCAAGAAGGGCCAGUGACAGGUAGAGCAGCAGAUGUUAUUGCUGCGGCCAACACUGCUGCUGAAGUUGCUUUGAGACUUGUGAGACCUGGGAGGAAGAACAAAGAAGUGACAGAUGCUAUUCAGAAGGUUGCCGCUGCUUAUGACUGCAAGAUUGUUGAAGGUGUUCUAAGCCAUCAGCUGAAGCAGUUUGUGAUAGAUGGAAACAAAGUUGUGCUAAGUGUGUCAAGUCCCGAAACCAGAGUCGAUGAUACAGAGUUUGAGGAAAAUGAAGUGUAUGCAGUUGAUAUAGUUACAAGUACCGGUGAAGGCAAGCCUAAGCUGUUGGAUGAGCGGCAAACAACUAUAUAUAAGAGAGCUGUGGACAAAAAUUAUCACUUGAAGAUGAAAACUUCAAGGUUCAUCUUCAGUGAAAUUAGUCAGAAAUUUCCCAUCAUGCCAUUCUCUGCAAGGGCGUUGGAAGAGAAGAAGGCUCGGCUAGGAUUAGUGGAAUGUGUCAACCACGAUCUUUUGCAGCCAUAUCCUGUUCUUUUUGAUAAACCUGGUGACUUGGUUGCCCAUAUAAAAUUUACAGUUCUCUUGAUGCCAAAUGGAUCGGACAGGAUUACUUCCCAUCCUUUGCAGGAGGUGCAACCAACAAAGACUGUUGAUAAUGAUCCAGAGAUCAAAUCCUGGCUAUCUCUUGGAAUAAAGACAAAGAAGAAAGGUGGUGGGAAGAAAAAGAAAGGUAAAAAAGGUGACCAAAUAGAGUCAGACCGAAGCUGAGCCCAUGGAUGCAGAUAAUGUUGCAUCUCAACAAUGAGAUUUUUAGGCGGUGCCGGCUCAAACUUUAUUUGUGGCCAGAGAAAGAAAAAAUGAGUGCCUUUUUAUACUUUAGUAUUUUUCUAAACAUAAUGUUAAUUAAUUUUUUAUGUUAAUAGUAUAAUUUUGUUUAUAUUGGUUUUUCUUGCUUUAUUUUCAAUAAAGGGUGCUCAUUGUUACUCCAUUUUUUCCCCCCUCCUUGUAUGAUGGUAUAUAUUCUUGUAAGAAAUAAAAAUGAAGAAUGCAAUGUUUGAUAUA